CUGUGAUAAGGUAAAGAGUUUUAGAUGGUCUUUCUUCCGAUUUAAGGAUUCCGCGUGGAUCGUCUAGGCGGGUCGGAAGCCAUCGGUCAAAGAGUUUUCAUCUUUCUUCUUUCACAUGCUUUUUUUGCUUGCCUUGCGAUGGAUUACGAACUGGCGUGAUUGUGAUUUGGUUUGCAAUUUGCUUGUCUGAUCAUGCCUAGGCAUCAGCGAUCACUUCUCUUUGCUUCUCUAUAUGGCGCUGCUCGUUGAUUUCGUGGUGUUUCCUUUGGAUUUCUCGGUUGAUCGUCGUGGAUUUCACCUAGAUCUUCUUGUGCUUGGUUAAAGACUCGAGUAUUUGAAUUAAGAUUGGACGAAUCUGUUUUGUUCAGCAACGGUUGAUUUUCUGUUUCUUCUUGCCCGAUCUAGGAUCUUGAAGCACGAUCGAUGCCUGAUUGUGUAGUGGAAGCUGGAGUCAUAUGGAUGGAGUCUUCAUAUUAUCAUUGCUAUACAGACACGUUUUUUCUCCUCUGUUCGUUGUUUCUUUGACGGUCGAUCCUAGGUCUACGGUAUUGAUUUGCAGAUUUGGUUCAUCUGCAGGUCCGGAGGCUCACUCUUGAGGAUUCGGGAACUCUGCCUUGCUAGUUCUUUUCUCUUCCUUAUCUUCGUAUUUGAUUAGGUUAUUGUUCCUAUGCCGAUCGAGACCGUGAUUCUUGGCUAAUUCUGAUUCUGAACAGAUGGAUACCAUGGCUUAUUGACUUCAGCGAGGGCUAUUGAAGCUAUAUCUUUGUCCUUGUUAGAGAUCAUUAGAUUUCAAUGGUGGUCUGGCUUAAUGGUUCCCCUUUUCUGGAUUUUGAAUCUUGAUGAUUUGGCCCUGGUUUGUUGAGAGAACUGAUUGAUAUUCGGAUCUGACCAGGGAGGAGAAUUGAUUAUUUUGUGGUUUCCCUACGUUUUCUGGACUUCUUUGUCUUCUCUGUUCGUGACAGUGGGCUGUUUCUCUUUAUGUUUUUUCGCUUUCUCAGAAAGGAAUUGGGGACCCGAUGUUGGGCAUGGGUGGCUAAGUGGAAGUAUUAUGUGUGAUAUAUUGGAUCACCGUGACGGUUAGUAAGUCUGUGUUCUGUUGUUGGUUGGUAACUCGUGCUCUAUGUUCAUUGGUGCAUUCUCAGGGUUCGUUGGUAUUGGAAAGGCAUCAAAAGCGAAGGGAAGGGUUUGGUUUACGUGUCUUAGCUCACUUCCUUUAUUUUGUUCAUAGUUGUCCCAAUUGUUAUCCUGUAUUUGGAAGCUUAAUGGCUUUCGUAUAUUUCUGGCUCUGAAUCUUCAGGGUCUCGAGGAAUACUGACUUGGUUUCUUGGGAGAUCUGAUAUCUGUAUCUGACCAGCGAGGAUUUGGUUAUAGAGUUAUCUAGUGGUUUUCGGUUUUUUGGUUUCCUUCUGUGUUUCUGUUGUUGGUAGUUUUCGUGUUCAUUUUUUUUUAUGUUGUGCUCUCUCAGGGUGACAUAGGCUGACAUAAACAAUUGCUGGGUGGCUUACAGCGUCUAGCAGAUAGCAUGUUUGACCAAUCAUCAUUUGACUUCUUACCCUCUCUAGUCCUAGUGUCUAUUGUUUUUCAAUAGAAAUCAUUAGAUACUAUGGUGGAGCUAAAUGGUUUUGUCCGUUAUCUUCUGAAUCUUCAGGUUUUGGCCGUGUUUCUUUCAAAGUACUGAUUGACAUUCAGCUCUGACCAAAGAGGAGUUGGUUAAUUGUUAUUUUUGGUUUGCCUAAGUUUUUGGCCUUAAAUUUCGAUGUUUUUAUGUUGGUGGUGAUAGUAGCCUGGUUUCUUUUCAUGUUGCUUUUCCUCUCAGGAGUUGGGGGUCCGAUGUACUGGUUUGGGUGGACAGUAUUAUGAAGAACAGAUGAUCAUAAGCUCUUCCUUCCCUCUCACCCUGUUCUUUUGUGUACUUUAGGGAUCUUAGAUGUUGCCAUUGAUCUGUUCUUAUAUGUUCAUUACAGAUGCUGGGGGUCCGGUAUACUGGUUUGGUUGGACAGUAUUAAGCAGAUCAGAUGAUCAUAAGCUCUUCCUUCCCUCUCACCCUGUUCUUUUGUGUACUUUAGGGAUCUUAGAUGUUGCCAUUGAUCUGUUCUUAUAUGUUCAUUACAGAUGCUGGGGGUCCGGUAUACUGGUUUGGUUGGACAGUAUUAAGCAGAUCAGAUGAUCAUAAGCUCUUCCUUCCCUCUCACCCUGUUCUUUUGUGUACUUUAGGGAUCUUAGAUGUUGCCAUUGAUCUGUUCUUAUAUGUUCAUUACAGAUGCUGGGGGUCCGGUAUACUGGUUUGGUUGGGCAGUAUUAAGCAGAACAGAUGAUUAUAAGCUCUUCCUUCCCUCUCACCUGUUCUUUUGUGCACUUUAGGGAUGUUAGAUGUUGCCAUUGAUCUGUUCUUAUAUGUUCAUUACAGAUGCUGGGGGAGAUUGGUAUACAUCUCAUCCGGUAGCAAUUUUACAGACUGGAGGUUUUGUAAGAAGUUGGUGGUCUAUUGUGGGUGGGUAGUUUUAUGUUGUUUUGUUGGUGACAUUGUGCUCUAUGUUUGGUGAACUGUCAGGUUACAUUGGGUCUGGCAAUGAAGGAUUAUCCAUGGUUUUGGUUAGUGUCUUGCUUUCUCGAGCUGUCGUUCCGGUUGAUUCUUGUCAGUGAUCUUUCCUGUAUUCUUGGCAUGAUCUGACGUGGUUUCUUCGAAGAUCAGAUAACUUAUCUGAUAAGUGAGCACUGCAUUCUUUCUAUGUUUUUGUUCAUGGUGAUUUUUGGUAUUCUAUUUUGUGGUUCUGCACUCAAGUGACAUGUAGGUUAAUAUUAACUGGUGGUUGGAUGCUUAGAGCAUUGAGCAUGCUUCAUCAACCUCACCUAAAAGAAAUGAGUUCCUCUUACCUUGUUAAUGCUCAUCGUUGUCCACUCUGUUUUGUCUUGAUUAUUUUCUGGUUUCCCCACGCCUUGUCUAUAUGUUUUAUGUUGGCUGUAAUACAGUGGCAAGGUCUUUUACAGUCUGUGUCCUCUCAGAAGGUGGUGGACCGAGAUACAUGUGUUAGGUGGCUAAGAGCAGCUAGCAGAUAUAUUGCUUCACCAAUCGAACGUCUUGACAAGAGUUCUUCCUUCCCAUUUUUUUUCCUGUUCUUCCACUGUACUUCUGGGAUGUUAAACUGUCAUUGAUUUCUUGUUCUUUCCUUGGUUUCUUUCUGUGCAUUCUGUUGGUGGUGGUAGUUCUGGAGUGGACAAAUCUUGGCAAAGCACACUGUGUUCUCACAGCAGUUGGCGAACUGAUAUAAGGUCUUAGGUGUCUAAGAAGAGUUAGCAGAUAUCUUGCUUCAUCGAUCAGAUUAACUUGGCUGAGUUCUUCCUUUCGUCCCACCUGUUCUAUUCUUCCAUCGUGCUUCUGGGAUCAUAUUAUAUAUUAUGCCAUUGAUUCUCUUGUAUUUUCUUGCUUUCUUUCUGUACUCUUUUGUUGGUGGUACUACUUAGGCGGAUGAGUUGUGGCAGCUAGAGAAGCUAGCAGAUAUCUUGCUUCAUCGAUUGAACCGACUUGACAACAGUUCUUCCUUUUCUCCAUCUUUUUUCCUGUUUUUCCACAGUACUUCUGGGAUGUUAAACUCUGUCAUUAAUUGUCUUGUGGAUUCCUUGCUUUCUGUCUGUGCUUUCUGUUGGUGGUGGUAGUUCUGGAGCGGACAAAUUUUGGCGUAGUUGUGCAGUGUGUCCUCACAGGAGUUGAACUGAUAGCGGAUAUCUUGCUUCAUCGUGACAGACUGAGUUCUUCCUUUUCUCCCACCUGUUAACCUUUCCUUCCAUCGUACUUCUGGGAUGUCAAAUUAUGUCAUUGACUGCUGUGUUAUUCUUGCUUUCUCUGUUGGUGGUGGUAGUUCUGGAGCGAACGAGUUGUCUACUCUGGGGGUAGAUGUAGACUGAUAUUAUGCUCUGGUUUUUGGUGGCUAGAGCAUUUAACACACGGGUUGCACUGGUCAUGAUAUCAAUACAUGAGUUCUUCUUGCCCUCUACCUGUUCUACCUUUCAUUUAGUGGUGGUUUGUGCUUCACAAUAAAUCGUUUUCUGGUAUUGGGUUGGUGACAUCGUGUUCUCUGUUUGGCAUUGAACAGUGGUAUGCAAAGCAAGACAGGUUUCUGUCUCGCGCUGUGUCGCAGUACAUGGUUGCCAUGUUAAAGUGAGCCUCUUGCCACUAAUUGAUGAUCCUUGCAGGAGCUGCUCUGGACUAUUCUUUACAUCAUUCUGUCCCCCAUCUGUUUAGUGAGUUGUU